AUGUGUUUGCUCUUCCUGGCACCUCGAUACAUCACACUACAUCACUGCUACAUCACUGCUACAUCACUGCUACAUAACUGCUUCAUCACUGCUACAUCACUGCUACAUCACUGCUACAUCACUGCUACAUCACUGCUACAUCACACUACAUCACUGCUACAUCACUGCUACAUCACUGCUACAUCACUGCUUCAUCACUGCUAUAUUACUGCUACAUCACUGCUACAUCACUGCUACAUCACACUACAUCACUGCUACAUCACUGCUACAUCACUGCUACAUCACUGCUACAUCACUGCUACAUCACUGCUACAUCACUGCUACAUCACUGCUACAUCACUGCUACAUCACACUACAUCACUGCUACAUCACACUACAUCACUGCUACAUCCCUGCUACAUCACACUACAUCACUGCUACAUCACUGCUAUAUCACUGCUACAUCACUGCUACAUCACUGCUACAUCACACUACAUCACUGCUACAUCACUGCUACAUCAUUACUACAUCACUGCUACUUUGCUGCUACAUCACACUACAUCACUGCUACAUCACUGCUACAUCACACUACAUCACAACUACAUCACUGCUACAUCACUGCUACAUCACACUACAUCACUGCUACAUCACUGCUACAUCACUGCUACAUCACACUACAUCACUGCUACAUCACUGCUACAUCACUGCUACAUCACACUACAUCACUGCUACAUCACUGCUACAUCACUGCUACAUCACUGCUACAUCAAACUACAUCACUGCUACAUCACUGCUACAUCACUGCUACAUCAUUACUACAUCACUGCUACUUCGCUGCUACAUCACACUACAUCACUGCUACAUCACUGCUACAUCACACUACAUCACUGCUACAUCACUGCUACAUCACUGCUACAUCACUGCUACAUCACACUACAUCACUGCUACAUCACACUACAUCACUGCUACAUCACUGCUACAUCACACUACAUCACUGCUACAUCACUGCUACAUCACACUACAUCACUGCUACAUCACUGCUACAUCACUGCUACAUCACACUACAUCACUGCUACAUCACUGCUACAUCACUGCUACAUCACUGCUAUAUUAAUGCUACAUCACUGCUACAUCACUGCUACAUCACACUACAUCACUGCUACAUCACUGCUACAUCACACUACAUCACUGCUACAUCACACUACAUCACUGCUACGUCACUGCUACAUCACUGCUAUAUUAAUGCUACAUCACUGCUACAUCACUGCUACAUCACACUACAUCACUGCUACAUCACUGCUACAUCACACUACAUCACUGCUACAUCACUGCUACAUCACUGCUACAUCACACUACAUCACUGCUACAUCACUGCUACAUCACUGCUACAUCACACUACAUCACUGCUACAUCACUGCUACAUCACUGCUACAUCACACUACAUCACUGCUACAUCACUGCUACCUUGUUAUCAUGACCAUUUCCACGUCCUGA